GACACUCAGAAGAGAUUGGACAGAAGAACAAGAGACAAAGAGGAAAUGGAGUGUCGGAGAGAGGAGGUCAUCUGGAGACUCGGGAGGCUGCUAGGGGACACUUGUGAGGAGGAUACAUUGACAGGGGAAGCACACAUUCUUUCAGACAGUGUCUGCACUGAGGACUUUGUCAUGCGCUUCGGUGAAGAAAUGCUGGAAGUGCCAUUGCCCGAGAGUCAUUAUCGACAGCAAGACAUAGGAGAAGAGGCUGGGAGGACAGAGACAUCUGACAGUGAUCAAAAAGGACAAAAUGUUCUUCAUAUUAAAAGACGAGGAUCAGCAGCACAGGGCAGAAGCAGUCAAGAAGCAGUGACUUCUCUGUAUUCCCUGUUAAACAGCCCAGGUCAACGAAAGGAAGUGGAGAAGUGUCUUUCAAAUAACUUUGGAGUGAACACAUCACAUAGUGAGAAGGCUCCACGGAGGCUUGGUCACGAUAGCAGCCUGUCUCACAGAACAGAGGUUGUAAUAGAACGUGAAAACAAACAGCACAACAGGAACUGUUCUCCUCAGGCUAGGUGCCUGGCAGGAGUACCUGUGAGGAGUUUUGAUUCUGUGUCCAUUGCAAGUGACCUGGACUCGGUCAGCACAGAGCGAGUCAGACAGCACAUCCACACACGGCCGGGAUGGCGCGCUCUCAUUGAGUCUGUCACGGGCGUGGAGGAUUACUUUACUAACCAGAGUGAUGAUGACACACCCACACAGGAAGAAAGCGACCCUCAGUCUACAUCAGUCCACAGAUCCUCGUUUGGCAGUUUUCAAAAAAGAAAACUUCGGAAAACUCAGCAUAAAAAGAGAGAAAGUUUCAGACUCAAGUUUUCUUUGGGAGACGACGACAAAGACACAGAUGAGGAAAGUUCUGAGAGGACAUCAGAGAAAAUGCAGUUGACCAAAAUGAAAGAGCAGCACACUAAUCUCCGACAAAAAUGUGAGAACGAGGAGGAGACACUCAGGUUGAAGAGGACUCAGUUAAAAGACGUUGAGCUCUGCCUUUCUGAACUUCGGCUGAGAAGAAAGCAUGCCUUGCAGGAAUUAGAGCGAGUGACUGCACAGAGAGCACAGGUGGAGAAGGAGAAGAAGACUAUGGAGUCCAGUCUGAGAGACAGCAGGAUAGAGAGAGACUCGCUCAGUUGCCAAGUGGAAAAGUUGCAGAGACAAAGAGAUUCUUGUCUCCAUGAUAUCAGAGACAUGGAGGAAGAACUUGAAACUCUGAGUCAACGUCAGAAGCCUCUAAAGGAUGGAUCCUGCUCGAAGAACAACGUCAUCAUAUCAGUGCUGGAGAGGGAGGAGAUGGAAAGACAGCUGGACGGUGCAAAAACUGAACUGUUUGCUGAGCAGAGACGUGCAAGAGAGAAGCUGGAGUCCAUGCAAGAGAAGUUAGAGCAGACUCGUGAAGAACUCCAGAAGGCCACAGAGGAAGAGAGCUCACAAAGGAACAGAUGUGUUUUUCUGGAAGAGAAACAGAUCCAGAAAAAGGAGCAAAUUGAGCUACUUGAGGUUCAAGUAAGCAAGCUGCAGGUUGAACUGGGAGAAGGUAAGAUCCGGGUGGGUGCUCUGGAGAAGAGGUUGGCCGAGAAGGGGCUGCAGCUGCUGGAUUUCCAAGAAAAACAUGGGGUCUUGCAAGCAGAAAGAGACGGCCUGAAGGGGGAGCUACAUCACCUGAAAAACCAGCAAUACAAAGCACUGAAGGAAGCCCAGGAACAAGCCAACAGAUUGGUGGUUGAUCAGCAGGCUGAGGAGGAAAAAGCAGGUGCUUUGAAAGAGCACACACGUGUUCUCACGCGAUGCAUUGAGGCAAUGCAAAGCUCCAUUAAGAUAAAAGAAGAAGAGGCAAAGCAGCUGCGGAUCUCUCUGGAGCAGCAGAGGGAGGAGGGAAAGAACCACGAAGAGGAGUUGCAUAAAGACGCCUCAGAAAAGGUGAACAAAGCAAUAGAGGAGGAGAGGAGGAAGUGGGAGGCAGAAAAAGUGGAGACUGUGCAGGAGCACUGUGGGAUACUGGAGGAGCAGAACAAAGAGAUGCAGCGAGAGAAGAGUAGAGCACAAGCUCUACAACAUAAAGUGUUGGAACUAAAAACAAGGAUGCAGGAGUUGGAGAGUGAACGUUGUGCACAGCAGAGAGAGCAGGAGUCUUUGCUCGCUGUUAUUUGUAGAUCACUGAAAGAGGAGCACCAGGCUGAGCUGCAGAGGUUGAAGAAACAGAUUGCACAGGAGAACCAGAGGACGGCGCUGCAGCUUGACAAGGCUGUUCAGCUGGCAAAGAAAGAGGCUGACAGGCUCCGGGUGACGCUGGAAGAAAGGGAGCGAGGUUACAACAGAAUCACUGCUGAGCUGGACCAGCAGCACAGACACUGGGCCCAGGAGCUGGGAGCAGAAUGCCAGCAUGUGCAACUCUUAGUGGAACAGAGUGGAGCCAAACAAAGAGCUGUGCAGCUGCCUGCCUGUCCAACAGUAGCCGAGGCUCUAACAACCCUGAGAGCGCUGAGAGAGCAGCUGGAGCACUUGAUUAUCCAUCUACACCAGGAGCUGGGUUCACAGAAGCAAACUACAGAGCAGCUGAGAAAAGACAAGGAGCGAGAAUUGUGCGCCCAGAGGCAGCAGCUCAGGGUGGAGCGAGAUAGAGCCUUAGACUCUGUGAAGGAGCGUCUCAUUCAGGAGCACAUUGAGGAGUUGAGCAGCCUGAACAGGACUCAGCUGACUGAUGGAGGAGCUGAAGGAGGAGCAGCUGGAUCUCUGCGCAAGCAGUUGAAGGCCAAAGACGUGGAGCUCAGGCAGGUUCAGAGGAGCAUGGCUCAGUGGAAGCAACAGACUGCAGCUCGUCUGGCAUGCAAAUUUGAAGAAGAGCUGACCGCUGAACUGGAAAGGUAA